AUGCAACUAAUUCUGUCUAUUGGCUUUUCCUUAUCGGGAUUGGCAUAUGCCAGCUCAAGCGCAAGCCCCUCGGCUACUCUGUCGAGCUCCAUGAGUACCUCAUCCGGCAUCCUCAAUGUUCUUCCCGAGGUUUCUUGUGCUUGCUCACAGCUUUCCCGCUCAAUGUCCAAGAGUUUUAUUCACCCGGGCUCUGCAAAUUACAUUGCUCAGACUGUCGAUUCCUAUUGGGAUAUUCGGGCCGAUCUCUCCCCUGCCUGUGUUGUUGUGCCCUACACUGCUGCUGAAGUCUCGCAGGCAGUCAAGAUCAUCAAGGGAUGCCAGGCAAACUUUGCAGUUCGUGGCGGAGGCCACAUGAACUAUCCCGGAGCGAACAACAUCGAUGCUGGGGUUCUGAUCGCCAUGUCCAACAUGAAUACCGCCAAUGUGAAGUUUGAUACCGUGGAGGUUGGCCCCGGACUCACCUGGUAUGAUGUAUACUCGAUACUCGAGUCCCAUGGUCGUGUCUGCGUUGGUGGUCGUCUAAAGACAAUCGGUGUCCCUGGUCUAUCCCUAAUCGGUGGUUUCCACUACUUCAACAACAAGUACGGGUACGCCAUGGAUAACAUUGUGAACUAUGAUGUAGUCCUCGGAAACGGCACCCAUAUUACCGUCAACCAGACCUCUCACCCCGAUUUAUUCUGGGCUCUGAAGGGUGGUGGAAACAACUUUGGUAUCGUCACACGCUUCGAGCUCAAGACUUAUGCUGUCCCCAAGAUUAGCACCACCAUCCAGGUUUUCAAUGAGACCCACAUCCCCCAGUUCCUCUCUGCUGUCUGUGAGGCGGCCAGGCUAGAUGAUGAGGACCCUAUUGCUGCGGGUAUGGUUGCUAGUAUUACAUACAACGCGACGACCAAGGUGGCACAGGCCUCCAUCAUUGGUGUCCAAGCUGGUGUCAGCAGCCCACCAUCUCAGUUCGCCAACUUCACCAAGAUUCCAGCUGAGGAGAGAAUCAACAAUGUCACCACUAUGAAGUCGUGGGCCCAUGCCCUUGACUCCCCUAAGCAGAUGUUCCGCGUCCAAUUCUCUCACAAAACUAUGAAGCCCGAUGCCAAGGUGCUCUACUCGAUCUAUCAGGCAUGGAAGGCUGCUGUCGACAAGAUUGCCGAUGUCCAGGGCCUCUACCCGACUUUUGUCACCAACGUCAUAUCCCCAACUUCCAUCCGCGUGGCCAAGACCAACGGCGUUGGUAACGUAUGGGGUCUCGAGGCAGAGCCUCUCAUCAUCUGGCAAUUCAGCACCGGCUGGGAUCUGGCCCAAGACGAUCUUCGCAUGGAGGCAUGGUCUCGCCAGCUGGCUGAGCACCUUCACGGUAUCAACAAGAAGCUGGGACUUGCUUCGGAGUUUAUCUACAUGGGAGAUGCUGGUGAAUGGCAAGAUCCUUAUGCGGGUUUCCCUAGCGAGAAUGUCCUCCGCAUGAGAGAUAUCCGGACUGCUUAUGAUCCUGAUGGGGUGUUCUCUAGUCUCAGCUGGGGUGGAUUUAAGCUUGGUCUAUACUAA